AUGUUACUAUUAAGUUACUUAUUAUUUUCAUUAACCACUUAUAUUUAUGGCGAUUUAUCUCUUUCCUAUCUUAAUCGUCAAUGUGGACCAAAAAAAUAUUCAGAACCAUUUAAAUGUCCUGAAUUUAAUACUGAUUUAAUUCGUAUAGAUGUUGCUACCUUCUAUGAACCUAUUCCAAAUGAAUGUUCAAAUGAAUGUUCUGCCAUUCGUUCAUAUGAAAAAAAAGUUAUUUAUAAUAAAGAUUGGAUAAUGCUUCUAGAUGGUACUGCUGCAUAUAAAGUUAAUACACUUCUUUAUAAUCCACAUUGUUAUCCAGAAGAAACAUUUGUUGUUAAUGGAAAUGUACCAGUAUCCCUUUUAAAAGAUAGAGUUAAUUUUACAUCAGAAUUUGAAUAUAUACUAAAAGAAGGUAGCCCAAUUUUUUCAUUUUUACCAAGACUUGGUCGUCGUAAAGUUCAAUCAAUGACAAUUCAAGAAAAAGAAUUUUUCAUGUUUCUUACAUUAUAUUUAAUGAAAAAUAAUACAGAUUAUAAUCAUGAACUUCAUCAUAAAGCUUCUGAAUUUUAUGAUGCUGCAACUGAGAAUAAAUUAAAGGGAGAUGAAAUUGAUAUAAAUAAAGCUCAAGAAAUGUUAAAUGAAAUGUAUUCAGAUGCUAUAGAAAUGUUAGUUGAAUCUUCUGAGAUGCAAUGGAAUCGUUUAUGUGAUUUAGCUAAUACUGAAAAGGGACAAUUUUAUGAAGAAGUGAUGGUUUGGAUGCAGUGA